AUGGUCGUGGUAGCCUUUCAUAACGACGGGGACGGGCUCAUAGUUUUCAGUCCGGGCGAGUCUACCUCACCGAGCCCAUCGGAACAGCUGCCAACACCCGAGUGCGACUUCUCCAACACCAACUUCGCCCUCCACUCUUCCCCGUUCAUCAUGGCCAGGACCAAGAGGAGUGGCUUGGCGUCACUGGCAUGUACUGAGUGUCGGAAACAGCAUCUGAAAUGUGACGCGAACAAGCCGACGUGCUCGCGCUGCGUACAGCAAGGUUUCCUUUGCCAGUAUCUCCCCUCGCGACGGGGCGGGCGCAGGAAACCCCGACAGGACUCCGAUCGCCGGUCACUGCUAUCCAACAACCCCGAUGAGCUGAAUAUUACUACAUCGCCCCAUGAUCUUGCGUCGGAGUUGAUGAAAGAGAUGCAGCCUGGGUAUCAGGCUUCUCUCGCCUUGCCCGUACGUCGGUCAGAACAGCCCGAUACGCCGGAUAGCACCGCCCCCCAGCGCGGGACAGGACCAGGACCGGUCUCUUGGUCCUUGACUACUCCGAGGAGUGGGUUGAGUCAAGAGCACUUCCAGCCAACGCGGGACCUCUCGUCCCAAGAUGAUCGCUUUCUGCGACUCUUCUAUGAAAACUUCCAUGUCGCUCAUCCGAUUCUGGUGCCCAGUGCGGUCUAUCAUGAUCGGCAAUACCCGGAAUUUCUGCAACUUGUCGUGAAUUUUGUUGGAUCUCACUAUAUCCCAUCAAGCCCGACACAAGAACAUAGGGAUAAGGUUCUUGCCGAACUGAGUUGUCAUACCGACCGAUCACCAUGUAUGGUUCAGGCCUGGCUCAUCUACUCAAUUGCGAUUUACGCACGCGGAGAAUGGCAGGAGGCGCAGGACGCCUUCUCGCAUAGCGUGGAGAUUGCUUUGGAGAUUGGCAUGAACCGCCGCGAAUUUGCCAUUACUGGGCACCCUGAGAAUAGCAUUGAGGCUGAGAGCCUCCGGAGGACUUGGUGGGAGCUGUACGUGACAGACAUAUUUAUCGCUGCUCCGUCCAAAAGCAACACCUUUCUGUGCAGCACCAUGGCCCCAGAGGUGGGCUUGCCCUGUGAAGAAUCGGUCUACACCGGAACAUGCGAGAUUCCGGAACCCCGGAAGAUCCUUGAUUUCAAGCGGCGCAUUUUUGCGCCCGAAGAAACCGUCUUUUCUUCCUUCAGCUAUCGCAUCGAGGCCACUACCAUUCUCUGCAGAGCUCUUGUCUUGAGUCGACUACGAGACUACCACCGCGAUCAUCUCCAAGCGGUUGAAAAUGCCCUUGUCAGCUGGGUCAAUCAUUUGCCUCCUAGAAAAUUGGACAUUGUCGAUUCGUACGGCAACAUCGAUGAGAUGAUGUUCCAAGCGCACGUAACAAUCGGAUAUGCCACCAUGCUCCUCCAUCUUCCACGAAGUGAUCUUCAACCUGUCUUAUCUCAAACAAAUGACCUAUUCUGGCCCGUUGCUACUCGUCAUAUGGCAUCGACGUUAAAUCGACCCGUUCACAGCAUCAAAGCAACCGAAGCUUCCAGGCGAAUCUCCGAUGCUAUCUCCCUCUGUCCGAACGUUCUCAAACACUCCCCAUUCGUGAUCCCUGCAUUAGCACUAUGUGGGAUGAUCCAAUUAGCCACCUCUAUCAAACAUACCGAAGAAUGCUUUGACCACCACUACAACAGAGUCACUCUUAUACUUGGAUGCCUCAAAAGUACAAAACGAAUAUGGGGUCUCGCGGAUGCUGCUUACAACCAUCUACGCACUUCUGCAGCAGACGCAUUAUCAGACUCGAUGGAGCGAUGGAGCACGGAGCCGCUUCGAAAAUUCUUCCCCGCAGAUUCGACACCUAGUAGGGCAGAGCGUACGACAGCUCAGCCCACUCGGCCUACGUCAGCUAUAUCAGACGGACAGGAUCUAUUAUUCCCCCCAAUUAUGCCUGCCUUUGUUGACCCCACAUGUUAUAAUGACUCGUUCUUCACCACCCUUCCUGAGUUUGAUAUCAGCUGA